AGCGGUCUCCCCCAACGUUUCGAAGGCAUACGUACGACCAUCCCAAGAAGGCUGGACGUAUAUGUCAUCUGGAGUGCGCUUCCAAAGGGUUUGGAGUGGCUUGUUCAUAUUGUUCGGUCCAUAAGUGGAGAAGAGGCAACAGAGCUGGAAGUACUUCAGGACCAGCAUCCAGUAGUAACUCUGGCCUCGACUCUGGAAGUGGUGGCUACGUUAUGGUUGAGCCUCUCGCAAGCACUUCUGUCAAAAUGGAACUCCCAAUGCCUGUUACCACUUCGACUUCGAGCCUUGUUGUGGGGAAUAAAGUCCUGGGUUAGCUAUGGGUCUCAUGGAACAAUUGUAUAUGAAGGAUCGUUGCAAGGGCGCGCUGUUGCCGUGAAACGACUUUUACAAGAUUUCGUCACCUUGGCUUCUCACGAAGUUUCGCUACUUUUACAAGCCGAUGACCAUCCCAAUGUCAUCAGAUAUUAUUUCUCGAUGACACGGGACAGUUUCCUAUACAUUGCACUGGAGCUUU